AUGGCUACGCGGUUAAGAGUCUUCUAUCUUGUUCCUCUUCUUCUAGCCAGCUAUGUGCAGACAACGCCCAGGCCGGAAAAGAUGAAGAUGAACUGCUACAAAGACGUGAAAGGCACCAUCUAUGACUACGAGGCUCUCUCUCUUAACGGGAAGGAACUCAUUCCGUUCCAGCAGUAUGCAGGGAAGCACGUCCUCUUUGUCAAUGUGGCUACCUAUUGUGGUCUGACAAUCCAGUACCCUGAACUGAAUGCACUCCAGGAGGAUCUGAAGCCAUUUGGUUUGGUUAUAUUGGGCUUUCCCUGCAACCAAUUUGGAAAGCAAGAGCCAGGAGACAAUUCGGAGAUUCUUCCAGGGCUCAAGUAUGUUCGUCCAGGAAAAGGAUUUUUACCUAAUUUCCAGCUUUUUGCAAAAGGAGACGUAAAUGGUGAAAAAGAACAGAAAAUCUUUACCUUUUUGAAGCGCUCCUGUCCACACCCCUCCGAGACUGUGGCCAUGAGCAAACAUACCUUCUGGGAGCCAAUAAAAGUUCACGACAUCCGCUGGAACUUUGAGAAGUUCCUGGUGGGGCCCAAUGGCGUCCCUGUCAUGCGCUGGUUCCACCAGGCUCCUGUCAGCACUGUCAAGUCUGACAUCAUGGCAUACCUGAACCAAUUCAAAACCAUAUAG